AGCAGUCAACACGAUGCGUGAGAUCUCUGCUGGAAAACAAUCAGAUUAAUUUUUUUUUCUUUUCCAUUUUUGUUUUUAUCAAUCAAGGAAGAAACGAUAACUCGGUGAGUUUUGUUUUUGAAUGAAAAUUUGAAUACCAACACAAAUGGCUGCGAAAACUGCAUUUGUUGAAAGUUUCCUGAGUUGCUACGUGUGUUCAGAGACUUUCAGAGAUCCUGUGUCUCUGAGCUGCAACCACAGCUUCUGUUCAAGCUGUCUGAAACAAUCCUGGGAACAAACUGGAAACAAAAACUGUCCCAUUUGUAAGAGAAAAUCCUCAAAAGAUUUCCUGUUUGUGAAUUUUCCACUGAAGGAACUCGCUGACUUCUUUGCUGGGAGACAGAAAUCUGGAUCAUCUGAGACCGAACAAGCAGAGAAGAAGGUGGAGGUGGUGUGUAGUAAACAUCAGGAAGAGUCUAAAUUAUUCUGUGAGGACGAGCAGAGAGCUGUGUGUCCUGUCUGUGAGUCUUGUCUCCAUCAGAGUCACAGGGUGGUUCCUAUAGAACAAGCAGUCAGUGACCUGAAGGAGCAGCUGAAAUCUGACUUAAAGUCUCUGCAGGACAAGAGGGACAAAUACAAACAAGUGGAGGAGACAUACAAUGAAGUGAUUCAACACUCCAAGAAGCAGCUGCUGUCCACAGAGAAGCAGAUCAGAGCAGAGUUCAACAAGCUCCACCAGUUCCUGAAGGAGGAAGAGGAGUCCAGACUGGCAGGUCUGAGGGAGGAAGAGGAGCAGAAGGGGAAGACUAUCAGCAGAGAGAUGAAGAUGAUUCAGGAGCAGAUCUCCUCUCUGUCAGACAGCAUCUCUGCUGUUGAAGAAGACCUGCAGAAACACAACAUGACGUUCCUCAGCAGUUAUAAAGCCACUCAGUCCAGAGCCAGAGUCCAGUGCUCCCUGUCAGAUCCACAGCUGGUCUCAGGAGCGCUCAUAGAUGUGGCCAAACACCUGGGCAACCUGUCCUUCAGAGUCUGGGACAAGAUGAAGGACAAGGUCCACUUCAGUCCUGUCAUUCUGGACCCAAACACUGCAAGCCGCUGGCUCCAUCUGUCUGAUGAUCUGACCAGUGUGAGACAUGGAGGCACAAGCCAGCAGCUUCCUGACAACCCAGAGAGAUUCACUAAGUAUACAAAUGUUCUGGGCUCUGAGGGCUUCAGCUCAGGGAAACACAGCUGGGAGGUGGAGAUGGGAGAUCAUCCUGUCUGGGCUGUAGGUUUGGCCAAAGAAUCAGCUGAGAGGAAGAGGGAGCUAUAUGCUUUACCAAAAUAUGGAGUCUGGUGUUUAACACAUCGCAUUAGAGAACACACGGAGAAGACGAGUCUCCAGAGGAUCAGAGUCCAGCUGGACUAUGACAGGGGGGAGGUGUCCUUCUACAACCCUGAAGACAUGACUCACAUCUACACUUACAAAGACACUUUCACUGAGAAGCUUGUGCCAUUUUUCUGUGUUGGGAAUUCUGGUGAUGCCAAGACUGCUGAUAUCAAAAUCUGUCAAACUGAUGUUUCUCUGUGAUGUUCAGGGAGCUCUGAAUGACUUGUGAUUUAAUGCGAUAGUUUCUUACAAUGUCUGAUGUCAGCAGAGCGGUUGCUUCAGAGAAAAGUGGUACGAUAGAUAAAGACCCUGCAGCCAGAUGACUUCUUUUUAACUCUGGGGACAGACAGGAGCUUUUGUAUGUGUUCUGAGAUCAUAAUGCACAGGCCAAUGAAGUCAGAUAGGUAUGAAGGUCUCGGGGUCUUGCUCACGAGUGAGGGAAGAUGGGAGGGUGAGAUUGACAGGCGGAUUGGUGCAGCGACAGCAGUAAUGAGGUCGUUGUAGAGGGAGCUGAGCCGUAGGGUGAAGGUCUCACCCUCACCCAUGGUCAUGAACUUUGGGUCAUGAUCGAAAGAACGAGAU